AUGGAUUACAGUGGCGCCAGCUUCGGUCAAAAGAAAAUUUCCAGGGGUGCUCAGACAAGUCCUACAGCGCAGCAAAAGAAAGAGGCAGAGGAAAAAAUGGCCAAGGAACGGAUGGAAUUAAUGGAAGAUGAACAAAGAAGGAAAGAGAUGAGGAACGGUGGUAUAGCAGGUACUACCGGGUACCUUUCCGAUAAGGUCUUGAAGCAAAAGAAGUAG